AGAGGUACGAGAUGUCUCGAGAAAUCCAGAUCCGGUCACAUGAUAUGGGCAGUAUUUCCUUUGGUCUGCAAUUUCCUGUUUAAACCGCGCGGCGUGAAAAAAGUUGGUUUGCCUGCGACGCUGGGAUGACUCGGCUACUUGUCGUAGAGUUGCGUGCCGCCUAAAGUGUUAUGAAGCGAGCCGCGCUGGCCGAGAUGGCCUUGGGAGAAGAGGAUCAAAAGUCCAACGCAGGAGCAGGCUGCCAGGAGAUCGUCAUUGAUGGAACCACCAUGCUCGAAGCAGUUGAGGCCAUCGUCUCAUCAGAUGACGGCACCACCACCAAUGUCAUUCUUCAGGACAGCACAGGCGCCAACUCCUCGGGCAUCUUCAACCAGCUUCAAGAGGGCAGCCUUCAAGCUGGGGUCAUUGCCCAGCACAUGGACAUCACUGAGCCACUUAGUACACUGCGGACGCUGCUGGAACAGCGCUUAGGAGUCAGCUUGCAGGACUACUCUUUCUUCCUUCAGGACAGCCAGGAGCUGAACCCUGCAAAGAAUUUAGUCGACCAGUGUGUGCAAGGGGAGGGGCUCGUGCAAGUCAACGUCGAGAUCAUCAACAAGGAUGACGUGAAGAAGAUAAACAUUGUGGAUGUGCUAAAGCCAGCCGAAGAGAUUCUUGCAGUGGCACAGAAUGCAAUGCCGCAAGAGGAAUUGAUAGGAGAGCCUCCUGUCGUGCGUAAAGUGGUGCUUCCUGAAAACGAAGAGCCGGAGAACGUCACACGGUGGAUCGUUUCAGCUGAAUUUAAGAAGGAGCAAGACAAAUACAAGAUACCCGCGGAUCCAGCAUCUUGGAAGCUCGAGCACGUGCAGCGAUGGUUUCAAUGGGCGGCGCAACACUUCAACCUGCAGAAUGUCAAUGCGGAUGACUGGAACUUGACGGGAAAGCAGCUGUCUGACCUCAGUCACGCAGAGUUCAUGCGGCGCGUGCCAUUUGACCCUGGUGACACCUUCUGGACACAUCUUGAGCUGCUUCGCAAGUGCAAAAUCGUAGCCGUGGUUCAGCAGCCCGUGUAUGUACAGCCAACCACACAGGUGAUUGCCAUCCAGAAAGCAGCUAGCCAGCCAUCUCGGGCCCGGAUUAGGGUUCCGAAGCUGUCACCUAGGGUGGCAUAUGAGGGUUCUCCUGGAAACAGAACUGGCAACAAUGGCCAGAUCCAACUGUGGCAGUUCCUGCUGGAAAUGCUGACAGAACGGGACAGCCGUGAGUACAUCCAGUGGGUCGGCGACGAGGGAGAGUUCAAGCUCAACAAUCCCGAAAUGGUGGCCCAGCUCUGGGGCUUGAGAAAGAACAAGCCUAGCAUGAACUACGAGAAGCUCAGCCGUGCUCUUCGGUACUACUACGACGGUGACAUGAUUGCCAAGGUCCAUGGCAAGCGAUUUGUGUACAAGUUUGUGUGUGACCUCAAGCAGCUGGUAGGCUACAGUGCCGCCGAGCUGAACAGGCUGGUGCUUGAGUGCCACCAACGACGCAUGGAGAAGCUCGGUGGCAGCAUUCUCUCCAUGAGCACCCUGGAGGUGCAAGCCGAACAGGACGACACGGAGGACCUCUGAACUCCACAGAGAGCAGCACAUUUCAGUGUGUUUCGUGUGUGAACUCUUCUCUGUGUGACUUUGUGUGAGCAGUCUCAGCCGAGCGCUCGACCAACUCUGGACAACCUUCUUGUGAGAAAGAUAAUAGUAUGUUGAGUGACUGAAGCUUGUGCUGUGUCCUUUGUUUUUCUGUGCGUUUCAUAUUCCUAGUUGCUUUGUUAAAAAUUGGUCAUUGGGCAUUGGGAACGCUCUUGCACCAUCACAUGCAUCUGUACCUCUAUGCACUCAUUUGGCUGCAGUUUGAGGUCACUGCUUCAAACCAUUCACCGCACUUUUUUGUACUUUCAAACAUCAUCUUUGUUAACAAUGUUAUAUAACACAUGCUUUUGAUCGCUUGCAUGCCCUAUAGUACAUUUAAAAUUGGGAAGGCUAGGGGUCUCGCCGGAGAUUGAUGCUGAAAAUUACAUUAUUUUGGGAAAUUGCCUCUACUGAGUAGAUUAGAGCGGCAUUUUUCCGAAUCCUGCUGUUCAGAGCACUCUAUCACACAGACAUUUUAGUGAUGAAAAUCUCAAUGUAGAUUACAAAUGCCACCAAAAUUGGGGAAUGACUUCGCUAGAAAAACGCCCAUUUAUUUCAUAAGGGCAAUGGCUACUUUCGUUGCUUUCAUAAUCAGCCAGGGAUUUCAAAGCUUCCGAGUUGGUCUCAUCGUAGUAGAGGUCAGAAAUAGAGGCACCGAAAAUGUAUGUGUCCUUAUUUUUUUUGUGUGCACAGUUCAUGCCCAAGCUUCUGUCUGUCAGAUUCCUGCAUCAUUUACAUUAGCAAAUAAUCACAGCAGUCUCUUGUUUUGAAUAAUCAGCCCAUUUUGUUUUCAGUAAGGCUUGCUGAGAAUGUUGCCUGCCUAAAAGAGGGGCUUUUUUUAUAUUUCAAAUGCUACCAGACAGACGUGUUUAUUGUGCACAUUCUAGCUGUAACAAUAGUGGGACUUGAUGCUGAAGCACUGAAAUGAAGUAUAAAAGCGUUCCUCUGAAUUGUGCUCAUAGAAUAACCGGAAUGCUUCAUGGCAUGUGAUCUGUAGUCGUCACAGAAUGUGCAAGGUGAAGAAAGGCAUCAGGAUCAUGUAUAAUUCUGUACUAUUUCGUUGUGGAACACUUACUUUUACUACCAGUAGUGCUCAAAGAUUGGUUUAAAGUGGGCAGAGCUGUCAUGGUAAUCAAAUAUAAUACCAAAUGGCAAAGCCAUAGUAUAGAUUGGUCUGUGAACACAGCAACUGAUCCCACUGUUUGAGUAAGAAAGAACAUGUCAUGCAACAGCAUCGGCAUGUUAUAUAUUGCAGGCUAGUACUAAACCUUAAUAAAUGAUACAGAAACAGUGCAGAAACUGUGAAAUUCGAACAUAUUUUAUUUGUGGGUCAAGCCUGCUGCAUUCGAGUACACUUAUACAUGCCAUUUAUUUUCAAGCGGUUACUAAAUUGUAACUGAAUAUGUCAUGCAAUUCACACUGGAAUCCAAAAGUGUAAUAGAGGGUCAUUGGGGAAGAGACGAGAGGUGGCUUUUCUGCUAUGCAUAUUGCCUAACAGCGGUGUGGUUGAUGCAUUGCUAAACACUCUAGACAUUGCUUGUGCAGCUGUUAUGCAAUCGCCACUUUAAAGAAAUGUGAAAGUCGUGUUUUACUGGGAAGCCAGCUUCACGCAUUAUUCUAAAAGACCUUUGUUCGGACCCAAUAGUUUGUUCUGCAAAAGUCGGAACUGUGUAUCUGUCUUUUCCGUCAUUUAGUUUUGGCAUGAAAAUAGCUUGUAAUUUACCAUUUUUCUUCAUUUACUUUUUCAUCUCGGGCAUGUGUGCAUCAUUCUUGUCUUUUUCAUUACAAUUAUGUUACGUUUAUUUUUCAAGAAGAUACAGUAAAUCUAUCUGCAAGUGGUCUAUUUUGCUGUGACGAAGCUUUUGGUCUUGUAACAGGUAAAAUUUCUACAAGUAGUCAAACCUUCGAUAUACAGAGUACAGAUGUAACAAAUUAUCGGUUAUGGGGACUAAAUGAAGGAUAGUCUUGCCAUUAACACACUGUUAUAAACGUGCAUUUAUAACAAAUUUUCAGCUACAACAAAACCACUUUCAUGUCAGAUGUCGCUUCCUAAAAUGAGGUUUGACUGUAUUCAGAUUGCUGCGCAACAUUUCUAUUUGUUGCAAAAGAGUGCCACUGAGUCCCUUAUAAGUUCAUAUACAAGUGAACUGUUUUACAUUGUUGAUGUUUUAAUGUGCGGGGUUAAUGCCGUCUGGUCUCUUCCGAUUAGUUGAACUAAUCCGAGCCUUGACCAAAGUUAGUGUGUGAAUAGUGGAAGUGUGACUGUUGUCUAUGGAAUUAUAGCCAAGAUUUAUGUAGUGCAUGGCACUGGACUGCACCUUAAUGCACUCUUGUAAAUAACGUUGACAGCUCAGAUUCUCGUAAUAAGCAUUUAGCCGCUGCUAAGGCUUCGAUAGCAGUUUCGUUGCUGUUUGUGUUGUGAAUGUAUGCAGUGCACACAAUGAUGGUGGCCUUUGUCAAGAAACAUCCUUUAGAACAAAUGCGCUCUUAUGACAACUGCUUUCUUUUUUGUUUUAAGAGGCGCGUUCAAAAAUCAAAUAUGUUGACUUUUGACGUAGCUAACAACCAUUCUGUGCUGAUGUCUUGUUCACGAAUAUUCAAGAAUCUUUGACAUCACUUCAUUGCCCAUUGUUUCUCUCAGCACUUUGAACUGCUCUAUGCCUUUUAUACGAAGUCCACAGGCUGAUGAAAGUUAGGACAAACUAAAGACAAAACUUUGAAGUGCGCAUUAAUAAUCUGCUUGUUCCACUUAGAAUUUUCUUGCGAUUUGGUACAUGGAGUGGCGAUGAUGUGUAGUGUAGAUGUUAAGCGUUGUUUCUGUGGAAAAAGAAAAAACAAACUGGUUACACGUGCAUUUUCACUGUGUUCUUAGUAGAUUUGCUUUUUUAAAUGUAUCGUCGCUGUGCUGGCAUUGAAUCACAGUGGAUGGUGCAGAAACAAUGUUUGCCUAUUAAAAAUGCUGGCUCACUAAUGUG